GACAACUCUCUGGGCAUGAAGUCGAACAGGUCUUUCGCAUUUUCUAUUCCACUUUUUGAUAGCUUGUUUUCGUUUCGUAUACUCUCUUACGUGAAUUUACAUAUGUUCUGAUAAUUUGAUAGCUGAUGAUUUCGUAGCAGCGCUGGUUUCAUAUAACGCGAAAUUAAAAGUACAUUUAAUGAUGGCGGAAAAUCGUAGCUCCGCACAAACCGAACUUGGUAAUAAUACGCGCUUAAAAGACGACUACUCCAUGACAAUGGACCACGAUGCGGACCAAAAUACGCAAGAGAGUCGAGAUGAUAGCACACAUACACCAAAUUCAUCAGCUCACAAUACAGAUGAGGACGAUGACAGUGGUGAUGGACGUAGUAGCUCGGCCCUGGCUUCUUCGUCAACCUUAAGCUACAAAGAAAGGCGUCGCGAAGCGCACACCCAAGCUGAACAAAAACGGCGGGAUGCUAUCAAAAAAGGUUAUGAUAGCCUGCAAGAGCUAGUGCCUACAUGCCAACAAAAUGAUUCAGCAUCUGGUUAUAAAUUAAGUAAGGCGCUCAUACUGCAAAAAUCAAUUGACUAUAUUGGUUACUUAAACUUGCAAAAGAAAAAGCAAGAGGAAGAAAGUGCUGCACUACAAAAAGAAGUAGCAGCUUUACGUAUAAUACAGCACAGUUAUGAGCAUAUGCUGCAGCAUCAGCAAGCAAAUCCUGGCCCUGAAGAAGCGCGUCUAACCGACGAGGCAAAAUUUCAAGUGUUCCAGGCAAUAAUGGAUGAGAUGUUCGAAACAUUCCAGCAUAUACCAAUGGAUAACUUCAAGCAGCUGACAACCGGCGUAAUACCGUGGUUAGAAGAAUACUGCAAGCCACAUAUUUUACGCAACAUUCUCAGUCGCACGCUGCAACAGAUGUCGCAAACGCAAGUGCAGGAGAAACAGAAGCAGCAGGACAACGAAGGUUUCAGUUGAUUUAGUUGUAGCUUAUGUAUGUGCUUCGGACUUCGCGGAUAGUUAGCUACAUAUGUAUAUGUUACGUUGCUUAUAAUUAUCGAAACUUAUUUUGUUUGUAUUAGUGAUAUUUUACUCCGGGAAUCAAAUUAGUAGUGGAAUUGUUUUUACAAAGAUUGCCAUUUUUAAGCCAAAUAGUAAGCCACGUAAUUUUUUUUUUUAUAUUUUAAUUUAGAGAAUUGUACGUUACAAUAAUUUUAAUGUGACUUCAUAGCAUAUGAUGAUAAGAACAAAGUAAUGGAAUUUAUAAACGCUUUGGCAAAUCUUUCAAAAACAUUAUCGUUAUUUCUUCGUUUAGACUUAACUUAAGCGUUCAAAUGGUUGCGGGUAUAGAAAGUAAUAAUUUUAUAAUUGGGGAGUUUCUUUUAAAAUUUAAGCAAUAACAGGUUAUUUUCCCAAUGGGCAAUCGAUGACUUUUAUACGAAUGUUUAUGUAAUAUAAAAUAUUCUCAAUUAAAGUGAUGCCUUAAACUGACAUGUUGUCUAAUCAAUAUUUUCGACUUAGUCUUAAUUACUGUUAAAUUUGUACAAUACAUUAAAAGCAAACUAAAUUUAAA